CAACAAAACAAGUUGUUUAGAAUUGCAAAGUGCCAAAGUGAAUGUGUUUGUAAUUGUAGUUGGACGAGAUAUAUUUGCAUACAUUUUUAAAGAUAGCUUGCUUUUAUUAAUUGAUUAACAUUCUGACAAUGAAUGUAUCUGAAUAUGUGAUUGGUGGUUUGGCUAAUGUGGGUGCAACGCUUUUUACAAAUCCCAUUGAUGUCAUCAAGACGCGCAUACAACUGCAAGGCGAACUGGCGGCGCGUGGCACAUACGUAGAGCCAUAUAAAGGCAUCUUCCAUGGACUUGUAACAAUAGCGCGUAACGAUGGUUUAUUGGGCUUGCAGAAAGGUCUGGUGCCGACUAUGUACUUUCAGUUUGUCGUAAAUGCCUUUAGACUGGGCAUUUAUAGCACCGCGAACAAUAUGCAAUGGACACGCGAUAAAAAUGGUGAUGAAUCUUUCGGUUUGGGUCUCUUUUGGGGUGCUGGUGGCGGCGCUGUGGGCGCAUACUUUUCCAGUCCGUUUUUUAUGGAGUUUAAGAAAGUAGUUAUUUAA